GGGGCGCGGUAAUGUGACGUCACCACGUAGCGGAGUAGCAACAUGGCGGCGGAUUACUGGGAGACGGAGCGACCCGAACCUCCUUCAGACUGAACCGAACCACGGAGACCCCGGGUCGGACCGGGCCCGCCUCUGACCGUGUCGCCUCCAGGCUCACGGCUCCGCCCCCGUUGGUUUCACGCCCCCCCCUGCCGCCCAGACCCCCCCUAAUGGAGAGGAUCAGGAAGCUCAAACGGCAGCUGUCUGUCACUUUAAGGAGGGGCGGGGCAGGGGGCGGGGACAGAGCGCUGAAUGAAACCAGUCCUCAGGAAGUGACAUCACACAGCGAUUCAGAGAUGCCGUCUCUUCGCUCCUCAGCAGCUCUGAAGGUCCGAGCCUCAUCUUCCUCAGUGCACUCGUUGCUGCAGACGUACGGCGGCCCGAUGAGGAAACCUCGUGGUCUGGGACGCAGCCUGAGUUCCUACCUGAACCGCACCGCCAGACUGGAAAUUGUUCACGAGGAUGUCAAGAUGAACUCGGACGGAGAGAGCGACCCGCCAUCAUCCUCAGAUGAUGUUCAGAGUCCGGUCCGGGUCCGACUGAGGAACAAGAAGAUCUCUACUGAGGACAUCAAUAAACGUCUGUCGUUACCGGCAGACAUCCGUCUUCCUGACGAUUACCUGGAGAAGUUCAGCGUGAUUGGUCCGGCUCUGUUUGAGCAGCCAAUCAGCAGAAGGCUCCGCAGGGUCUCUCUGUCGGAGAUCGGCUUUGGGAAACUGGAAACGUACAUCAAACUGGACAAACUGGGAGAGGGGACCUAUGCUACGGUGUAUAAAGGUCGCAGUAAACUGACGGAGAACCUUGUUGCUCUGAAGGAGAUUCGUCUGGAACAUGAAGAAGGAGCUCCCUGUACGGCCAUCAGAGAAGUGUCUCUGCUGAAGGACUUGAAACACGCCAACAUCGUCACGCUUCACGACAUCAUUCACACGCAGAAAUCCCUCACACUGGUAUUCGAGUACCUGGACAAAGAUCUGAAACAGUAUCUGGAAGACUGUGGAAACAUCAUACAUGUUCACAACGUUAAGCUGUUUCUCUUCCAGUUGCUGCGAGGUUUGUCUUACUGUCAUGGGAGGAAAGUUCUCCAUCGAGACCUGAAACCCCAGAACCUGCUGAUCAAUGAGCGAGGGGAGCUCAAACUGGCAGAUUUUGGUUUGGCUCGAGCCAAGUCCAUCCCAACAAAGACCUACUCUAACGAGGUGGUGACGCUGUGGUACCGACCGCCGGACAUCCUGCUUGGCAGCACCGACUACUCCACACACAUCGACAUGUGGGGUGUUGGGUGUAUCUUUUAUGAGAUGAUGACGGGCCGUCCUCUCUUUCCUGGCUCUAGUGUGGAGGAGGAGCUUCACUUUAUCUUUAAGCUUCUGGGUAUGAACCAAUCAGCUGUGGUUCCAAUGUCUCUGACAGCCGGAGGUGGAUGAUUCAGGUCCAGGAAGAUUCCGAUUCCUUUAUCGGUUCUGUGAAACGAUUCGAU